UAUUUUGCAACUCAGAUUGAAAAAUUGCAAGCUUAAGCUCACCCUUUGCUCCUUUAAAAAAAUCCAAAAUAAUAAAUAAUAGUAUCUUCUAUAACGAUUAACCCACGGUGGCCACUUAGCGCUGUCCACCCGCACCAUCUAAAAAUACCCGCCCACCGCCGUUGCGCCCAUCAAGUGGCGCCAGUCACAUGGGCCAUUGUGAAAACGCGCUCUCUGGUGAGCAUUUUCCCGCUCGGCGGCUCUCUCGCUGGCUUUUCCUCGCUCUUGCCACGAGUUUCCCUCGGCGCUUGCGGUAGGAAACGGAUAGUUUCGAUGCGAAUCAGCUCUUUGGGGCGCAGCGGAUUCAGUCGCCGAACGAUUUUCGCCCCAACAACGAGGAGGCAGCUGCUGAAAAUCGACUCGUCGCGUUAUUUCAGUGAAGUGAAUGGAAAAUCGAGGGAACGAGAGGGAGGACGGAAAAGCAAGAAAAUACGAAUAUACACAGAAUAUACACGAAAUUCUUUUUAUAACGAACCAAAGCGCGCAUCGCAACGCACAUAAAGCCACAAAAAGGUGAACACAUUAGCUAACAAAUUCGAGUACUAACCCGCCCAUGUUUUUUUGGAAUGCAAUAUGUACUAACCCAAAAGAAAAAUCGCUGAAAAUGCAGAGGCAAGGGAACUAAUCGACUACUUCCUCCUCUAUACGAAUCGAACAAAAAUAACAAAACCAACACUCGACGACGACGACGACACUUUCUGGCAUCGUGAUUUUGAUGAUGACAACGCAGCAGCUUGUGGGAAAGCCAGAAGCAGCGGAAAACGAAGAAAAAUCACCAGCAGCAGCAGGAGGAGCAGCAGAAGGAGCAGCAGGAGCAGAUAUGACGGCGGCCACGGGUGGUGGGAGUAGUGGGGCGGGGGGUGGUAAGACUGGAAAGCACAGGUCGAGGUCAUCUGCCCGCUACGACGAUGUGGAAAAGCAGCAGAGGAAAAGCCGAGCCAUCGUCUCCAUACCGAACACCAUCAAACUGAGUAUGCUCAACAGCGGACUGCUGUCGUUCGAAAGGAUAAAGCUCGAGGCACGCGAUGAGAACAACUCGCUGUCGAAGACGAUACCCAACGGACCCAUCGAUAUCCGGCAUUUCCUGAAACUCUGCGAUCUGCGCCGCAAAUUCCCGGUCCUCUACAAGCUUGAGUUCCAAACUGCGGCCAAGGUGGAGAGCAACACCUGUCGGCAUGCCUUGAAGAAGAACAAUCUGGAGAAGAAUCAGAAUCCCAAGUGCAUUCCCUACGACUACAAUCGGGUGGUGCUGGAGAAAGUGGGUGGCCUGCAGGACUCGGACUAUGUGAACGCCUCCUACGUGGACAGCCUGCUCAAGCCGAACGCCUAUAUAGUGACCCAGGGUCCUGUCGAGGAGACGGUCCAGGCCUAUUGGCGAAUGGUUUGGCAGGAGAACAUCAGUGCCAUUGUGAUGCUGACGAAGACCUUCGACUUCGCCAAGGUAAUGUGCCACCAGUACUGGCCACCCAACAUGGAGGUUCACGAGCAGUACGGCGAUAUCUUCAUCAAUAUCGUUAGGGAAGAGCAACUGGCCAACUUCCAUAUACGAACUUUCAGGCUCUACAAGAUGAACGAAAAGCAGGAAGUGACCGACGAGAGGUUGAUCCUGCAGUUUCACUACACCGAAUGGUACUCCCACUCGUGUCCCUUCUCCAAUGCCCUGCUGGAGUUCCGGAGGAGAGUCCGCCUGGUCGUGGGCAACAUCAUCAAGGACGAGGAUGACAUGCGGGGUCCCAUCCUGGUGCACUGCAGCGAUGGUGGCGGCAGAUCGGGUGUCUAUAUGUCCAUCGAUGCCAAUCUGGAGCUGGCGGAAGAGGAGGAGUGCUUCAAUGUCUUCGGCUAUCUCAAAAAGUUAAGGCAAUCGCGCAAAGGUCUGGUGGAGAAUGUGGAGCAAUACAAGUUUAUAUACGACACCCUGGAGGAGCACAUCAUUUGCGGCAAGACCUGGUUCCCGGUCUCCGAACUCUCCGAUCGCUUGAAGGCCAAGGCCAGGAGGAAUUCGGGCACCAAAAUGAACGAAUAUCAGGCGGAGUACGAUCAGAUAUGCAAGCAAACCCCACGAUUCACCAUUGGCGAUUGCGCUGGAGGUCACAGGGCAGAUAAUCGCGAGAAGAACAGGGAUGUCCUGUGCGUACCCCCGGACAACUUCAGGCCCUACCUGACCUCCUUCCAGGGCAAUGCCUUUACGGACUACAUAAACUCGGUGUUCGUGGACGGGUAUACCAAGCCCAGGGAGUACAUAGUCACGGAAUGGCCCAUGAAGCACACGCUGGGUGAGUUUUGGUCCCUGGUCUACGAUCAGGAGUGCUCGGCCGUUGUGGUCCUGUGCCAGCCGCCCUCGCAGUCGCAGCAGUAUCCCUCCUUCUGGCCCAACAAAUCGAAGAUGGAGAAGUACGGACCGGUGUUCUCCGUGCACUACGUGAUGUCCAAGAGCUAUACGAACAUCAAGCAGUGGGAGUUCAAGAUCAACAAGAAGAUCGUCUCGCUGACCGAGAUGAUGGCCGGGGUGAAGGCCCCGACACGAACCGUCCAACUGUUCCAGCUGACCUGCUGGCCCAUGGGUCACAAGGUGCCCAGCUCGACGAACUCGCUGGUCUACCUGAUGAACAUGGUCGAGAUCUGGCGGAACAAGGUCGACUACGGGCCUGUGUGCGUUGUCUCGCCCGAUGGUCGCAGUCGUGCCGGUGUUUACUGUGCCGCGAAUGCGUGCAUCGAGCAGGUCAUCCAGCACGGCGAGGUCGAUGUCUUCCAGGCGGUGAAGACUGUGCGCCGACAUCGUCCUCAGCUAGUCGAGAAUAUGACCGAGUACAAGUACUGCUACGAUCUGGUACUCCACUAUGUCCUCCACUUCCUCAACAAAAAGGAGUGAAGUGGGACGGACCAGGCCAAGGAACGUGCUAUUUGCAAACUGGUUUGUUUGUUGGUUUGUUGCUACUUUUUUUCUGGAGCUGGUGCUUCAACAAUGGUUAACAAUGAUCCGAAAUACUUGUGGUCCACAUUUGAAGAUGCCUGGAUUUGUUUUUUAUAAUUCCGGGCACCGCCUUAAAGCAAUAAUACUGAGUAUUUUUGUUGUCCACAAAAGCCAGAGAAGGAAUGAAUUUUGUUGUUACGAGCGUCGAAAUGUAAUUUCACGCCACUGAAGAGAUACUUUUUACUUGUUUUUCGAGCAUAAAACAAUGAUACUACUAUAUAAUGUAUAAGCUUUUUGAUCUGAAAUGUAUGUGCCAUUUGUAACCCUAGUUGUUGUUGUUAUAAACAGGAGGUAAUGAUAUGUGUGAUGGGGAUUGUGAGUAUAGAUUGAAGUAGUGAAAUGAUAGGAACAGAGAACUAUUACCAUUAAAAUUUAUAUUUAUAUCUUGUAGUUAUUAUUACGUUUACUCUUAAACCUUGCUACCUGGGCAAUUGUUGAUAUAUAUCUAACUACAUAUACCUAUUAUGAAUCUAUUUAUACAUAAAUACAUAUAUACA